CUGAGAGCAGAAAUGGAGCAGGAUCAGCCGGACCGAGAAACUUUCUCCUGUUCGAUCUGCCUGGAUCUACUGAAGGAUCCGGUGACGAUUCCCUGUGGACACAGUUACUGCAUGAACUGUAUUAAAAGCUUCUGGGAUGAAGGUGAGCAGAAGAAGAACUAUCACUGUCCUCAAUGCAGAGAGAGAUUCACACCGAGGCCUGUUUUAAAGAAGAGCACCAUGCUAGCAGCUUUAGUGGAGCAGCUGAAGAAGACUGGACUCCAAGCUGCUCCUGCUGAUCACCGCUAUGCUGGACAUGAAGAUGUGGCCUGUGAUUUCUGCACUGGAAGAAAACUGAAAGCCAUCAAGUCCUGUUUAUUCUGUCUGGCCUCUUACUGUGGGAAACACCUUCAGCCUCAUUAUGACGUGGCUCCUUUAAAGAAACACAAGCUGGUGGAGCCGUCCAAGAACCUCCAGGAGAACAUCUGCUCUAAGCAUGAUGAGGUGAUGAAGAUGUUCUGCCGCACUGAUCAGAAAUGUAUCUGUUAUCUCUGCUCUGUGGAUGAACAUAAAGGCCACGACACAGUGUCAGCUGCAGCAGAAAGGACUGAGAGGCAGAGAGAGCUGGAGGAGAGACAAGGAAACAUCCAGCAGAGAAUCCAGGACAGAGAGAAAGAUGUGAAGCUGCUUCAACAGGAGGUGGAGGCCAUCAAUCACUCUGCUGAUAAAACAGUGGAGGACAGUGAGAAGAUCUUCACUGAGCUGAUCCGUCUCCUCCAGAAAAGAAGCUCUGAUGUGAAGCAGCAGAUCAGAUCCCAGCAGGAAACUGAAGUGAGUCGAGUCAAAGAUGUUCAGGAGAAGCUGGAGCAGGAGAUCACUGAGCUGAAGAGGAAAGACGCUGAGCUGGAGCAGCUCUCACACACAGAGGAUCACAACCAGUUUCUCCUCAACUACCCCUCACUGCCAGCACUCAGUGAGUCUACACACUCAUCCAGCAUCAACAUCCGUCCUCUGAGACACUUUGAGGACGUGACAGCAGCUGUGUCAGAGCUCAGAGAGAAACUACAGGACGUCCUGAGAGACUCAUGGACAAACAUCUCACUGAUGGUCACUGAGGUGGAUGUUCUACUGUCAGAACCAGAACCAGAACCAGAACCAACAACAAGGGCUGGAUUCUUAAAAUAUUCCUGUAAAAUCACAAUGGAUCCAAAUACAGCAAACACAAACCUGGUUUUGUCAGAGGGGAACAGGAAGGUGAUACAUACAGAUAAACGUCAGUCUUAUCCAAGUCACCCAGACAGAUUCACUGACUAUACUCGUAUUCUGAGUAAAGAGAGUUUAACUGGACGUUGUUACUGGGAGGUGGAGUGGAGCGGUAGAGUUUCUGUAGCAGUUGCAUACAAGAAUAUCAGCAGAGCAGGAAACUGGAAUGAAUGUGUAUUUGGACGUAAUGCCAAAUCUUGGGCAUUAGAGUGUCAAUCAACCAGUUUUAAAUUUGGUCACAACAACAACUGGACCUCCAUCUCAGGUCCAGUUUCCUCCAGACUGGGAGUGUUCCUGAAUCAUGAAGCAGGUAUUCUGUCCUUCUACAGCAUCUCUAAAUCCAUGACUCUGAUCCACAGAGUCCAGACCAGAUUCACUGAGCCCCUACAUGUUGGAGUUUUGUCUUGGAACUACGGAAACUUUGCUGAAUUCCACAAACCCAAUUAGAUUUUCUCUCUUUUGUCUGAUUGUUGUUUUAGAUUCAUUGUUCUGAUGUUUCUCUUCUGUUGUUCUUUAUUUUUAUGGUUUAAAUAUUGUUCUCUAUGUGAUGUUUUCUUUCAUUCUUGUAUGAAAGAAAUACAAGAAUGAAAUAUUCCUACAUGAAGCAUGUCAUAUAGGAAUAUUUCUCUACAUGAAAAUCUAAACUUUUCUGGGCCCUAAUAGUUUUGCUUAUAUGUUUUUAUUGAUUAAUUUGAAUGUUCUAAUUUCUCUUUCUAUGUUCUGCAGAACAAAUGUUGUUCUUCCUUAAAUCCUUAAAUUUCUUCUGUUUUCUUUUUUGUGAUCCAAAGAAGAACCUGAAACCAAUAUCAACUUUAAACUGAUGCUGAUCCUUGCUUUUAAAUAAUUUUCAUUUACAUCAAGAAAAUAAAUGUUUGUUGUUCUGUCUCUUUGAUGUUCAUCAAUAAAACAAAUUGUUUGUAGCAUAACCACUAUAUUUGUUAAUAAAUACAUUAAAGAGUAAGUAUAUUAAACUGUUUUUCAGAACAGUUUCUAUUACUUCAUUGUUAAAAAUUAUCCUAAAUUUUCACUGUUUUAAAACUGAUUAUUUGUGCAGCAUCUUGUUGUUUUUAGGUCUGGUUGGGAUAACCAGAUAAAAAAGGGUGGUGUGUCGGGAGACUUGACAGAUGAAUGUUUAAAACACGUAAAGAAUCAAAGAAAAGACAUAAAAUGGGAAUCGGAGUUCGCUGCAGUGCCACAGAUUGUGAAUUUAAGAACUGGAUCAGAACCCAGGAAACCCCGCCUGGUGCGAGAAAACACCGAGGAGGAAGAAAGUCGCUCCCGGUGAGAUCA